AGCCCGGCCUUGAGGGCUGCCGGCUGCUGGGGAGAGGUUGGGGCUGAGUACGACCUGCCGGGGUAUCGAUCCCCUGGCGCGCAGACCCAAGCCGGGACACAGGGACCGCCCAGGUGGUGCGAUAGAAGCUGGUCUCAUUGAAGACAUCUGUCGAUGAUUGUGCUUUAUAUUGCAAGUAGAACCUGGAGUCAAGAUUUCCCCACUUUAAGCAAUUUUGAUGGCAGAAAGAAGAAGGUCCUACAGUCUAGGGGAAGCCAUGGAGGAACUCAUGGGGCCUAGUGGACAAAAAUGGGCCAAUAUGGAUCCAGAAGAACGAAUGUUAGCAGCUGCGACAGCCUUCACCCACAUCUGUGCAGGGCAGGGUGAGGGUGAUGCCAGGAGAGAGGCCCAGUCUACCCAGUAUGAUCCCUACAGCAAAGCCUCAGUAACCCCAGGAAGGCGACCCCCUCUUCCUGCGCACCUGCAGUACCCACAUGCAAAAAGUAACGUCACUGCAGAAACAGCCUCGGAGGCCUCCCAAAGACUCCGGAAGCCAGUGAUGAAGAGAAAGGUGCUGCGUAGGAAGCCGGAUGGGGAAGUAUUAGUGACAGAUGAGUCAAUUAUCAGUGAAUCAGAGACUGGUACAGAAAGUGACAUGGAUCUCUGGGACUUAAGACAAAGGUUGAUGAACCUGCAGUUCCAGAAAGACAGGGAAUCCCCUGUUGAUGUUCCAGAAAAAUUUAAUCUACCACAUGAAUACCAAGGAAUUUCUCAAGAUCAGCUCACUUGCUAUCUGCGAAGAGAAGAGAUGGGCCCUCCAGCUUAUGAACAAGACCUGAUCGUUGCCAGCCGACCCAAGUCCUUUAUUCUCCCAAGGCUGGAUCAGUUAAGCCGAAACCGGGGCAAGAUCGACCGGGUGGCCCGCUAUUUUGAGUACAAACGAGACUGGGACUCGAUACGGUUACCUGGUGAGGACCACAGGAAGGAAUUACGGUGGGGCGUCCGAGAACAGAUGCUUUGUCAGAGAGCCGAACCCCAACCCAAGCCUCAGCACAUAUACGUCCCAAACAACUAUCUUGUACCCACUGAGAAGAAAAGGUCUGCCCUCCGCUGGGGUAUUCGUUGUGACCUUGCAAAUGGUGUCAUGCCCAGGAAGCUUCCCUCUCCCCUUUCUCCUUCUUAAGGCUUUUUUAAAACCUGUGUCUCCGUUCAACAUGAUGGUACAACCUGGUACUCUACAUCUUUCCUUUUAUUUAAGUAGAAACAAUGUGGGAGCCCGAGCAGAGUCAUGGCAGAGGAAGAAAAAUAGACCUGCUCUUUCUACCUGACAGACGAGUGAGCAAAAUCAGUGAGCACUGUUUCGGUCCUGUACUCUUUUUACCUUUGGCCAAGGCGAGUUGCUGUUUUAAUUAGUGUGUUUUUAAAGUUGCUGGGCGUUAAGCUUAUCCAUUAAAGAAUG